UCCCUGAGUCCCGCCCUGGCCUGGCCUGGACUGCCAGGACGACGGCCACACCCGACUCCAGGAAUGCCAAGUCUCCCGCCCAGGGAUCCAUGCAGGAGCGCGGGAAUGUUGUCCGUGCAGCUCUGCAGCUUGUUCAUCGCUUUCCCACUGGCUAUAGCAUCAGAAUCUUGCAAGGACAUUUCCGAGCCGCAUGAAGAAGCAUGGGAAUUGGGUUUCUCUGCUGCUCUUAACUGUGGAAUAUCUGAGAAAGCAAACGUGACUUGGUAUAAAUAUUCCAGCAAUAUUCCAAUUUCCAAAAACGUAGGUUCUAGAGUUUACCAGGAACAGACAUGGAUUUUGUUUGUCCCUUUGAGAUGGAGUGAUUCCGGGAUCUACCAAUGUGUCAUAAAUGAUACAACCAUCUGUCAUGUAAAGCUAACUGUUUUGAGUCCAAAUGAGUGCAAUACUUUUGGAAGCAGUCAAGUAAAUUUAUCAAAUGAAUAUUGGCAAACAUUACAACUUGGAAAUGAUGGUAGACUUAUAUGUUAUGUAGAUUUCCCAAGCAGCUGGAUUGUGAAUUCAACCACUUGGUAUAAGGAAUGUAGAGAGAUUAGAGGAGAGCGUUUUUCUCCUUUGAAUAAUAUUCUUGUGGUGAAUAAUGCCUCAAGAGAGGACAGAGGGAUCUAUUUCUGUAUAACCACGCUGAUCCACGCAAAGAAGUCCUACAAAGUUCAAACAAGCAUUUCUGUGAAUGUCUCAGAAGAACCUAUAGAUGAAAGAAUAUUUCCAAAAAUAAUUUAUCCAAAAAAUAAUUCAAUUGAAGUACAACCUGGUUCCUUUCUUAUUGUUGACUGCAAUAUAACAGAUGCAAAAGGGAAUACAAACCCACGAAGCUGGAAGGUCAAUGACACUCUGGUGGAUACUUACUACAAUAAAGACAGUCGUAUCAGAGAAGGGAUUGAAGUACCUGUUCGUAAUGGAAAUCAUAUUUUUUAUACAGUAAACAUAACAUUCUUUGAAGUGAAGAUGGAGGAUUACAACCAUCCUUUCACCUGUCAUGCAGGAGUAUCUGCAGCAUAUUUUAUAUUGAAAUACCCAGUUCCAGAUUUUCGAGUUUAUUUUAUUGGAGGACUUCUCGGCCUGAUGUGUGUGGUAGUGUCUGUCACAUGUGCCUACAAUGUUUUUAAGAUCGAUAUUGUACUUUGGUAUCGAAGUACCUUCAGCUCUACUAGAACCAUGGAAGAUGGGAAGCUCUAUGAUGCAUACGUCUUAUACCCAAAGACUCAAGAAAGCCGUAGUCAUGAAGUGGACACUCUGGUGCUGAAGAUUCUCCCCGAGGUGCUGGAGAGGCAAUGUGGAUACAAGCUGUUUAUAUUUGGCAGGGAUGGGAUUCCUGGGCAAGCCAGGGCCAAUGUCAUAGAUGAAAACAUUAAGCUGUGCAGGAGGCUGCUACUCAUCAUUGUUCCAGACUCGCUGAGCUUUGAGCUGUUAAAGACUGCGUCAGAAGAACAGAUCGCCAUUUACAAUGCUCUCGUCCAGGAUGGGAUGAAGGUCAUCCUCAUCGAGCUGGACAAGGUCCCAGACUACACAACUUUGCCUGAGUCUAUUCAAUAUAUCAGACGUAAGCAUGGGGCCCUUCAAUGGAGCGAGGAACUGGCACACCAGUCUCCGUGUGCAAAGAGCAAGUUCUGGAAGAAAGUGAGAUACCACAUGCCACCACAGCAAUGUUCACCCUCAACCCCUGUCCAGCUGCUGAGUCACAAAUCCUGUGACUUCAGUACGGGCCAUCAGGAAGCCAGUGCACCCCAUCUAGAGUCUGUCAUGGGAGAGGCUUGCAGUUGA